AUGAAGCGACGUGGAUCGCCUAGAAUUGCCAACAGCAAGAAAAAGAAGCAAACAAGUUGCGCAGAAGCUUUGAUGGAUUCUCCUGCUGGUCGUCUUGGCUUUAUUUUAGAGCUUGAAGCGGGGCAAGUGUGUGCGUUUUUGCUCUCUGAGGAGAUCUUAUACUUGCUUCAAGCGUGUUCUAGUGGCUUGUCGAAAGAUUUCAUUGACAAAAUGGCACUAAAAGCACUUGACCAAUUUGCUGACGAAAACAAGACCCACGUGGGACGCCAGUGUGACUGUGACUGGAUGCGAAGUAUCCACUUUGAACGAUCUUGUUUGGAGAAAUGUCCUCGUACCGGACCGUUCACUGUAAACAGGGCCAUGCCAAGUCUUCAAGCCCCAAAUGGUGCCCUAGCAUUGUGGAGUGCAUUAGCACUGGCAAAGAGAGCUAUGCUACCCCUUUUUUUGGGAAUAACUGGCAUACCACAGGGGCACUUCUUCCCGUUGUGUGCUUGCUCACAGAGGAUAAAGAGAAACUUUGCAGCGAAUUAG